GGAUCGGAACGCGCAUCAGACUGCCAGAGUCACGCGGUGUCCGUAAACGUGGCUUCACGUCACGAUGAUCUCUGCAAAACAGUGUCUGGUAUUUUUACCUUAUGUCGGAUCAGCUUGUAGGCAUUUUAUGAGACAUUUGUGGACAAAUGUUGGAAUGAGUUUGUAAAAGCAGUAUUAGUAUUGUAUUGUUUUUGUCUGUGUUGAGACAGUUUUGACCAGCAGGUGUCACCAUAUGGCGUGUGAAGCAAUUGUUCGUUUCUCCCCUUUUACCAACCGUGAAGUUUCGAAACCUUUGAGAGUCACUUUGAGAGUCACCAUUGAUUCGCAUCGCGUAUCUACAUGAUUUCAGUAAAUGAGCCGGCGUUGGGUCAUAAUUGCUUGGAAUAGUUCGCCAUUAGCAGUGCAUAUAUGAUUUUGACCUGAUCUCUGAUCAGUUUUAUUUGUAUUUCACAUCUGGGGGCUGAUUAAAACACACAAACAAACCCUGCCAUUCAUACAGACACCUCAUAUUUAAUAGUAUCUGUUGAUUGCCUUUACUAGAUUACACCCUCAGUAAUUUGCAAUCUGUUUGUAAAAAGUGUUUUAUACAUGUUUCUGUUGCACUUACGCAGUUUUGACCGGCAGGCGUCACCAGCGUGAGGCGUUUAGAGUGCUUCGAAACUAGGAAUCAUUUUGCGAAUCAAUUGGUUCAGUUGAUUCAAUGUUUCGAAAAGCUUCGCUUCCCCAUAGACAUCCGUUGCAGCGUGUCCUUUAGAUGGCGCUGAAUUUCCGCGCGUUUCCUCUUCUUCUUCACCUGUUUCUUGUGCGUUGUAUAAACUUCCGGCGGGAGCUUCACUUCUGUAGCGCGCAGCGGCGGUUCGGUUCGUUUCGAAGGUUCCGCUGGCUCGAGUUCAGCCGGUUUCGACCCUGCGAUGUCGGCGCUUCACCCCGGAGACCCGCAGCUGGUGUCGAUGAUCGUCAAUCACCUGAAGACCGAGGGUCUGUUCGAUCAGUUCCGCAGAGACUGUCUCGCGGACGUGGACACAAAGCCGGCGUAUUUGCACUUACGACAGCGAGUGGAUAACUUCGUGUCCAAUCACCUGGCAAACCACACAUGGAGCCCACAGCUGAACAAGAACCAGCUGAGAAACAGCAUCCGACAGCUGGUCCUGCAGUCAGGGAUGCUGGAGCAGGGAGUGGACCGGAUCGUGGCUCAGGUCGUCGAUCCGAAGGUCCAUCACUCCUUUCGGCCGCAGGUGGAGCGCGUCGUCCGGAAGUUUCUGUCUCCAAACAGCCACGUGGAGGAGGAUGAGCUUCCUCCUGUAGCUCCGCCCCUUCCUGCAGAAAUCCAGGAAGCUGAACUUCUGACCGUGGAACCUGGAAGUGAUGCUGCUGGAUGCUCUGGCGCUGAUGAUGUCCAGAUCCCGGAGACCAGCGGCACUGACCCGAGCCUCGAGCACAGAGACGAGGAGAUGGACAUCAGCCUCCCCGAGGAGACGGAGGAGCAGCCGGAGGAACCACAGCCUGGGAAACAGGAAGAGGAAGAGGAGGAGACGGAGGAGGUGAAGGACGAGGGAGACGCCGGGAACGGCAGUAAAUCCUCAGGGAAGAUCCGAGAGGAGAACCGCACAGACACAGACUCCCAGAAACCCUCCAGCGUCAAACAGAAGACCAGAGAGAGACUCCGAGAAGAGUACUCUCUGGAGGACUCUGAUCUGGACGGUCUCAGUGACAUCACGGUGAGUUCGGUCCACACCAGCGAUCUGUCCUCGUUCGAGGGAGACAGCGAUGAGAACGAGCCUCUGUCGGAGUCCACCGAGGAGGGAGAGAUCAGCUCGGGGGGUGAGGGGGGGCGGGAGACGCCGGCCGGGGACGACUCGGAGAAGAAGCCUCGUGGUGUGAGACAGGGAUACGUACACAAGCCCUUCCUGUACUCACGCUACUACAGCGACUCUGAUGACGAGGUGACGGUGGAGCAGCGCAGACGCUCGGUGGCCAAAGACAAAGAGGAGCGUCUUCUGAAGCGGCAGCUGAACCGCGAGCGGAUGGAGGAGAAACGCAGACUGAGAGCAGCGCAGAACGAGGAACAGGAUCGCAAGAGACCCCGAGCUAAAGAGGCUCGAAAAGAGAAGAAGGUCCUGGAGAAGAAAGUGGCUCUGAGCAGACAGAGAAAGAGAGACUCCAGAAAAGAGGACGACAGGAAGAAAAGUGACACCGAAAGUGAUUCAGUCAGCAAAGAUGUGAAGCCGGCGAGUCUGAAGUCAGUGCGACGGCCGUCUGAUCUUGAGGAGCAGCGCAGGAAGAAGACCGACAGCGAGGAGAAACUCCCUGACAAAAACCGCGUUCACUCCUUCAUCCUGGACCUGGAGCUGGGAACAGAAGAACGCCGCAAAAACACUCGGAAAGACCCGCUUUCCAAAGAAAAGGAGCGCAAGGAGAAAGAGCGCGGCGUCCCUGACGAACGACUCAAGCACAAACUCAAGACGGAGAGCAGGAAGAGCGGGGACACCCCGGCCGAAGAGAAAGAUGGAGGGACUGCGAAAGGAGCAGCUGAUGAGAAGAAGGGGUCAAAGGUCAAGCCAGACAGGAAGAGUUCUGUGUCUUCUCGAGAAGGAAAGACGAGUGUGUCUGAAGCGGUGGAUGAAGCGAACCUGAAGAAAGGAAAGACUGCUGUGAACGAGAGAGAGAAACCGAAGGGCGACUCGAAGCUGCUCCGGCGUCUGGACUCCACCGGCUCCUCAGAGGAGAGGUCAGAGGUCGAGACGGGUUCAGAGGUCAGCCGGAAGAAAGACAAGCAGCCUAAAGAGAUUCUCAAGAGGUCAAAGAGUCACCCAGAGGCUAAACCUGGAGAGAAGACCAAGGUGCGGACGGAUCGGAAGGAUUCGUCUGUGGACAAGACUCAUCCGCAGAAAUCCGGCUCGGAAACCGAGAGCGAGGUCAGAAAGGCAGAGACGGGUUCAAAGGUCAAAUCCCUAACGGAGAAGCACAAGUCUAAACCCCAGAAUCCCACUGCGGGCAAAUCAGAUAAAAAAACAGAAGCCAAGAGUAAACCAGGAACGGCAGAACAGAAGAAAGAGGAGAAACCGAAGCUCGUGAAGAAAACAUCGGAGAAGAAGGUGGAGAAAGAGUCCGAGAGCAAGUCUGGAGAACCACUAGAACCCGGCGCCGUCUCCGGUUCCACACCUGUACCAGACGAUCCGUACGCCGCUCUGAGUGACAUCACUCCUGAACCUGAGGACGAGGACGCUGUGGUCAGAGAGCCCCGCCCACUGACUGCAGAAGCCGACGCCCUCUUGAGCCUGAUGGGAGUCCACAGCUCCGCCUCAGAGCUCUCUGUCCGGAGGGAAGCGGAGGCCGAUAUGAAGAUGAAGGAAGCGGCGCUUGCACUGCUCUCCAUGGAUCCAGACACCGCUUGCUCCUCCGAUCUCAUCACCGAUUCUCCGGUCGCUAUGGAGACGCUCCCUACAGGAAGUGGGUUACAGUCCUCCGGGAUCGCUACAGCAGAGCCCAUGGAGACGGAGGCUCUCGGGCUACAGGAAGUGACAUCAGAGGCUGGAGAUGAGCAGACCGAUGAAAGACUUCCAGCAGAUGAGCCCACGCAGACUCCCACUGCAGACACAGCUGAAGUUACACAGAUGACCACUGCAGACACAGCUGAGUCCACCCAGUCUCUCAUUCCAGACGCAGACCAGUCCAUGCUAACUCUUACUGCAGAUGCUGCGGAGACGGUUCAGACCUUCACUGCAGACACAGCUGAAUCCACGCUGACGGUCCGCACAGAAGCAGCCGAGCUGGCAGACACGCAGUCCAUGCAAACAGACACAGCUGAGACCAUGCAGACCUUCACUGCAGAUGCUGCCGAGUCCAUGAAGACUGGUCUUACAGAUGCUGCAGAGACAGGACAGAGCCUCCCUGCAGACAUAGCUGUGUCACCUGCUAACACCCUCGCUGAAGAAGCAGCGGGAUCCACGCCAGAGGUUACAGCAGACACAGCUGAGCCUGCGCAGACGGACACUACAGAUCCAGAGGAGCCUGCGCAGACAUUCACUGAAGACACAAAAGAGACAGAUCCAGAGGAGCCUGCGCAGACGGACACAGCAGACACAGAAGAGACCGACACAGCUGAGCCUGCGCAGACGAUCUCCACAGAUCCAGAGGAGCCUGUGCAGACACUCAAUGCAGACGUGAAGCAGACAGACACAGCUGAGCCAGCACAGACCCUCACUUUAGACAAUAAAAACACAGAUCCAGAGGAGCCUGCACAGACGAUCACUGCAGACAGUAAAGAGACCGACACAGCUGAGCCUGCGCAGACGAUCUCCACAGAUGCAGAGGAGCCUGCGCAGACACUUAAUGCAGACAGUAAAGAGACAGACACAGCUGAGCCUGCGCAGAUGAUCUCCACAGAUGCGGCUGAGCCUGAGAUGGACUCUUCAGACCCAGGCGCUGCAUCGGUCUCAGACGAGCAGAAGCAGAAGUCAUCAGACGACUCUGAGACGGUGGAGCAGACGGAGAGCGGCACGCAGUCAGGACGAUCAUCUGCUCAGAGGACAGCUCAUCAAACCAGCGCUGAUGCUGAAAAAGAGCAAACGGCUUCUAAAGAGUGUGAGGGUGAAGAAGAGGAGAGAUCGAGCAGGACUCCACGCAGAGGAAGAUCCACCAGAGCGUCUGAAACACGCUCUGCUUCACAGCCCAAGGAGGCGGAGCCAGCUGUGGAGGAGGAGCCAAAAGAGCAGAGCCGCAGGAGUCGCCGCUCCGCAGCUCAGACCAGAGACACUCCUGCAGUGAGACCUGGACUGAAACGAAAGAGAUCAGACGAUCUUCCUGCUUCUGCUCCAGACUCGAGCGCAGAGGUGAAGGAGGAACCAUGUCAAUCUGUCAAACAGAGAAAAGAUGAAGCAAGUCCAUCUGAAGAAGAGGAGAUGAUCAAAGCGAGUGAUGAAGAGGAGGAGAGGAAGGAUGAGGAAGACGUGACCGAGGAGCAGCAGCAGAAACCGUCCCGUCGUGGACGACCCUCCAAAACCUCCUCUGCCACAGAUGACUCUGACACCGGAGCAUCAGAGAAGAGAGAGGGAGAGAGAGAACGAGAGGAUGAUGAAGAGGAGAGCAGAGGAAGAGCGACGACUCGUGCUGCGUCUCGUCUGGAGGCAGAGAAGAACAAACCCAGCAAACCGUCCACUCGAGCGCUCAGUAAACUCAGCGGGAGAGAGGAGAACUCCCCGAACACACGGGCGGCGAGGGGACGCAAGCGUGACUCGAGUCCUGCUCUUCCUCGCACACGUGGAGCACAGAAAUCUGACGAGCCGCCUUCAAAAAGAGCCAAACGAUGACGAGUCUCCGUGUCACCUCCUCCAGUUCAGCGUUAGGUGUAGUUCAAAGGUCAGGGAGUGUUGGGAGACGAAUCUGAAUCAGAGCAGCUGAGAAUCAACAUGAUUCAGUUCUGCAGACGAAUCAAGAGACUGAUGAUGAAGAGCUGCUGCGUGUAAACUACUCCACUCAACAACAGUGUCGACUGAGAAACUGUGCUACUCCGCUCUGUGUGUGUGUGUGUGUGUGUCUGUGAGUGUCUGUCUGUGUGUGUGUGUGUGUGUGUGUGUGUGUGUGUCUGUGAGUGUCUGUCUGUCUGUGUGUGUGUCUGUGCGUGUGUGUGUCUGUGAGUGAUGCUCAUUCUGUGAAUGUCAUUAUUUUUCCAUUUUAUAUUUUUAACUUUUUAUUAUAAACCCUGAACCCUUAUAAACUCUGAUGUGUUUUUUAUAUUUUAUGGUUCGGAUAUUAACUUCAGUGUUAUAAUAGAUAUAAAUCAGCAGUAAAUGAAAUGUAUUUAAAGUUUCUGGUGUUUGGUUCAACUGUUCUGGGUGCCAAAGAUACGGUUUAAUGUGUGUGUGUGUGUGUGUGAGAGGCUUUCAGAGAAGGGCUUGUGUUUCUGUGGUUCAGCUCAGAAUAGAUUAUUCCGAGGCUCAUGUAUUAUUGGAGGUUUUAAUGGAGUGCAGCAGGAAACAGCUGUGUGUGUUUUAACAGAGACCUCCUCGUUUGUUCCAGCAGCAGCUGAACAUGAUCUCUUCAGAUCUUCCCUUCAGUUAUUUCCUUCAUUUGCAGCUCAUUUUUAAUCUCGGCACUAACUAGUAUUAUUAUUCUACCAGCUCUCCCUCAGACACAAAACCAUGCAGAAGUGAUCAGAAUAUGAACACAAAAUACUUCACUUAACUGAAAAUUGAUCCCUAGAGCAAAUAUACUGGAAAUAAAUGAAAUAUUCUUCA